AGAGAGAGAGAGAAAGAAAGAGAGAAAGCGAGCUAUUAAACAGGCUGGUGCACUAACCUGCACUCAGACUGCACUCUCCAGUGUGUGUACUGUAUGUAUGUGGGUGUGAGCGUGUGUGAGUGUGUGUGUGUGUGGGUAUUAAAGAAAAAGACUUUCAACUGUGGGACCGGUCCUCAGACGGCGCAGUGAAGAAAAACACCUACCUGAGUGGUGAAUAUUUACUGGGGGAAGUGGAGAAGAGUGCGCAGGAAGGGAAGGAGUCUGGAUGGACAAGCUCUGCACUGACAGCGGCCUGGACCCACUCUGGGACUGGAACGUGACGUGGUACACGUUGAACCCGGACCUGACGCGGUGCUUUCAGCACACGGUUCUCGUCUGGUUCCCCUGUUUCUAUCUGUGGGUUUGCAGUCCAUUUUACCUCCUCUACCUCAGAAGCUUCCAUCAUGGCCGCAUCUCAUUCUCCAGACUCUGCUGUGCCAAGACAGUGCUGGGUGUGUGCUUGGUGUUAUUCAGUAUUUUGGAGCUACUCUAUCUGCUGUUUGAGAGGAGAACAGAGAUCAAGCACCACAUGGUUUUCCUCCUGAGGCCCAUCAUUCGCAGCCUUACCAUGGUCUUGGCGGUGUGUAUUAUCCACCUGGAGAGAACAAUGGGCUGCCGCUCCUCGCUUUUUCUUUUCCUCUACUGGACACUGACGGUGAUCUGUUCAGUCGUUCCUCUCAGAGCAAACAUCCAGACCACCAUGGGGGAGGAUUUCUCACAAGCUGCGAUGCGAUCGGUGGUGUUUUUCUUCUGCUUUACUCUUGACCUCGCUCAGCUCAUCCUCAGCUGUUUCGCCGAUCAGCGACCGCACACUCUCAAACCGGGCCGUGUGACGAACCCUUGUCCAGUCGAAGACGCUUCGUUCCUCUCUAAAGCGCUGUUCUGGUGGUUCAGCGGGCUGGUUGUGAGAGGCUAUCGCUCACCUUUAACCACCGAAGACCUCUGGCCACUACGAGAAGAGGACACGUCCGAAAAAAUCAUCAGUGAUCUGGAGAAAGAGUGGAGCACAAAGUGUGCCGAAUUACAGCAGGAGCGGAGCGUCAGUGCAUCUCGAACCCUGAGCUGCAGGAUCACAGAGCAGACGCAGCUCCUGCAGAAACUGCGUCAGGAGCAGAGCGCCGGUUUCCUCCUGCUGCGCACGCUGGCCAAAACGUUCGGCCCGUACUUCCUGUCGGGAACGCUCUGCCUCCUCGUCCACGACGCCUUCAUGUUCUCCAUCCCUCAGCUGCUCAGUCUGCUGCUGGAUGUUGUGAGAGACAAGGACGCCCCCUUGUGGAAGGGUUAUUUAUUCGCCUUCUCCAUGUUCCUGCUCUCGUGCCUGCAGUCGCUCUGUAAUCAUCAGUACAUGUACAGCUGCUUCACGGUGGGCAUGAGGGUCAAAACCGCCAUCAUGGGUCUCGUCUACAGGAAGUCUCUGGUGAUCAGCAGUGCUACGAGCAGGACGUGUACAGUGGGAGAGAUAGUGAACUUGGUAUCUACUGACACGCAGAAACUCAUGGAUUUUGUAGUGUACAUCAACGCCGUUUGGUUGGCGCCCAUUGAAAUCGGCCUGUGUCUGUUCUUCCUUUGGCAGCGUUUGGGCCCUUCAGCUUUCGCUGGUAUCACCAUCGUGAUCUUUAUCUUCCCCCUGAAUGGCCUCAUCGCCAAAAUGCGCAGCAAACUGCAGGAGGUCCAGAUGAAGCACAUGGAUGGACGUAUAAAGCUGAUGAACGAGAUUCUGAGUGGAAUAAAGAUCCUGAAGUUUUACGCCUGGGAGAAAGCAUUCGAGGAGCGAGUGCUGAGUUUCAGGGAAAAGGAGCUGAAGGCAAUGAAGAAAUCACAGAUACUUUAUUCCAUCUCCAUCGCUUCCUUCAACUCCUCCACUUUCCUGAUCGCGUUCUCCAUGUUUGGCUUGUACGUGCUGAUCGAUGAGAAAAACGUUCUGGACGCUCAGAAGGUCUUUGUCUCUCUGGCGCUCAUCAAUAUCCUAAAGACGCCGCUGAGUCAACUUCCCUUCGCCAUGAGCACCACCAUGCAGGCCAUUGUCUCUCUCAAACGCCUCGCGAAGUUUCUGAGUCAGGACGAGCUGAAAGCCGACGCUGUGUUCAGAGCUCCAUACACGCCGGAAGGCGAUAGCAUUGUGAUAGAGGACGGCUGUUUCAGCUGGAGCAGAGACGGAGCACUGUGUUUGAAGAGAGUGAGUGUGAAAGUGCCGCAGGGAUCAUUGGUGGCAGUGGUGGGUCACGUCGGCUGUGGAAAAUCCUCCCUUCUUUCUGCCGUACUGGGAGAGAUGGAGAAAAAGAGCGGAAAUGUCACAGUGAAGGGUUCGGUGGCGUACGUGCCCCAGCAGGCGUGGAUCCAGAACGCCACGCUGAGGGAGAACAUCGUGUUCGGGCAGCAGACGAAGGAAAGCUGCUAUCGGAGAGUGCUGGAGGCCUGCGCUCUCCUCCCAGACCUGGAGAUCCUUCCCGGAGGAGACGACACCGAGAUCGGAGAGAAGGGUCUGAAUCUCUCCGGUGGGCAGAGACAGAGAGUGAGUUUAGCACGAGCUGUGUACAGGAACGCUGAUGUUUACCUGCUGGACGACCCGCUGUCCGCCGUCGACACACACGUGGGCCAGCACAUCUUCGACAGGGUCAUCGGGCCUACGGGGAUACUCAAAAAUAAGACGCGUGUGCUGGUGACCCACGGGCUGAGCUUCCUGCCUCAGGCUGACCUCAUCCUGGUGAUGGAAGACGGACAGAUCAUCGAGGCGGGCUCGUACGCGGAGCUCCUCGAGAGAAGGAACUCGUUCGCUGACUUCCUCAAACUCUUCUCCAAUACUGAACACAGAGAAAAUUCCAGCAACAGGGGUCCGAGGAAAUCGGUGUCGCGCCUGAGCAUGACGGAUUUCUCUAUAGACCUCUCACAGGAGCAGCUCAUCAGUGGGGAUAUGAGCAGCGUCGGUGUUCAGACCAUGGAGGCGUUAUCAGACUCGGAACAGGAGCAGGAUACGGAGGAACUGGGAAAAUUAACAGAGGCUGAUAAAGCCCAUACUGGAAGGGUGCAGCUAGAGAUGUACAUGGUGUAUUUCAGGACCAUCGGCCUGGCCUUCAUCAUCCCCGUCAUCUUCCUCUACGCCUUUCAGCAGGCCGCGUCACUCGGAUAUAACUACUGGCUGCAGCUUUGGGCCGACGACCCCGUGAUUAACGGCUCUCAGAACAAAGCGGACGUGAAGCUGGCCGUGUUCGGGGCUCUCGGAUUCGCUCAGGGGACCGCCGUCUUCGCUACCACCGUAGCCAUCUCGUUAGGAGGCAUCAUCGCUUCUCAGCAUCUUCACCUGGACCUCCUGCGUAACGUCCUGCGCUUGCCCGUGUCGUUCUUCGAGAGGACGCCGAGCGGAAACCUGCUCAACCGCUUCUCCAAGGAGGUCGACGCCAUCGACUGCAUGAUCCCCGAGGCCUUUAAGAUGAUGCUGGGAUACGUGUUCAAACUGCUGGAGGUCUGCAUCAUCGUGCUCAUGGCCACGCCCUUCGCCGGAGUCGUCAUACUUCCCCUCGCUCUGUUCUACGUCUUCGUCCAGAGCUUCUACGUGGCUACAUCCUGCCAGCUCCGGCGCCUGGAGUCGGUGAGCCGCUCUCCCAUCUACACGCACUUCAACGAGACGGUGCAGGGAGCGAGCGUGAUCAGGGCGUUUGCGGAACAGCCGAGGUUUAUCCUGCAGGCGAACGGCAAGGUGGAUCACAACCAAACGUCCUACUUCCCCAGAUUCGUCGCCACCAGAUGGCUUGCUGUCAAUCUGGAGUUUCUGGGGAACCUGUUGGUCCUCGCGGCUGCCAUCCUGUCCGUGACGGGAAGAGAAUCUCUGAGUCCCGGGAUCGUCGGCUUGGCCAUGUCACACUCUCUUCAGGUGACGGGCAUUCUGAGCUGGAUCGUACGUGCCUGGACAGACGUGGAAAACAACAUCGUGUCUGUAGAGAGAGUGAAAGAGUACACGGACACGCCGAAAGAGGCAGCCUGGUCGAUAGAGAACUUGCCUCUGCCCUCUCACUGGCCACAAACAGGAACCAUCCAGUUCCACCAGUACGGACUGCAGUAUAGGAAAGGGCUGGACUGGGCUCUGAAGGAGAUCACACUCAGCGUCCAGGAGAGAGAGAAGAUCGGGAUCGUGGGCCGGACCGGAGCCGGAAAGUCGUCUCUCGCACUCGGGAUCUUCCGGAUCCUCGAGGCGGCGAAGGGAGAGAUCUACAUAGACGGAGUGAACAUUGCUGAGAUCGGACUGCACGACCUCCGAUCUCGCAUCACCAUCAUCCCGCAGGACCCGGUUCUGUUCUCCGGAUCUCUGCGCAUGAACCUGGACCCGUUCGAUGGUUACUCUGAUGAUGAGGUGUGGAAAGCUCUGGAACUCGCCCAUCUCAAAACCUUCGUAUCGGGUCUUCAGGAGAAACUGAACCACGAGUGUUCCGAGGGAGGAGAGAACCUCAGUCUGGGUCAGAGGCAGCUGGUGUGUUUGGCUCGAGCUCUCCUCAGGAAGACGAAGAUUUUGGUUCUGGAUGAAGCCACAGCAGCCGUGGACGUGGAGACGGACGAACUGAUCCAGUCCACCAUCCGCACACAGUUCGAGGAGUGUACAGUGCUGACCAUCGCUCACCGCCUCAACACCAUCAUGGACUAUACACGAGUGCUAGUGAUGGAGCGCGGUUCUAUCACAGAAAUGGACUCGCCCGCUAACCUGAUCUCACAGAGAGGCCUCUUCUACAGCAUGUGCCAGGAGGCGGGACUAGUGUGACUUCAUCCUCAUCGUAGCAUGGGCAGAAGCAAGCAGCGUGAUCAGCUCCUGAAGGAAGAAGAUCUGCAGGCCAGAACCUUCUGGAAUUUUUUUCUUUUUCUUUUUAAAGAGACAUGUAAUGAAGGUCCUCAUGAACAGUGUUACUCAGAAGAACUGUUACCUCUCUCUCUCUGUGUCUCUCUCCCCCCUCUUUCUGUCUCUCUCUCGGUGUGUC